AUGGCGCAGGAGCACGAUGUUUCUUCCAUUCACAGUACUAUAAACAAUACUCCGCCAUCCGAUGUGUCCAGUCCGGUGAGCGAUAAGAUUCACGAUAUCGAAAAGGGCACGGAGCAUAAAGAUGCGGAGUCAAAGGAAGUGAGCGCAGAGAAAUCUGAUGCGCCUCCUGUACCUCCUGGUCCAGGUCCACCGCCAGAUGGAGGACUUCAAGCCUGGUUGACAGUGUUGGGAGGGUUCUGUGGGCUGUUCGUCAGUUUUGGAUGGAUCAACUGUAUCGGUGUUUUCCAAACAUACUACGAAAGCAACCAGCUCAGCGGCAUGUCACCCAGUACAGUAGCCUGGAUCACCUCCCUAGAAACAUUCGUAAUGUUCUUUGCAGGCCCUGUCUUCGGCCUACUAUUCGAUAACUUCGGACCACGCUGGAUCCUACUCGGCGGCACAUUCCUCCACGUCUUCGGUCUAAUGAUGACCUCAUUAUCUACCGAAUACUACCAGUUCAUCCUCGCACAAGGAAUCUGCAGCCCACUAGGCGCAAGUGCUAUCUUCAACGCCUGCGUGAACUCCGUCAGUACCUGGUUCGGAAAACGGCGCGCAUUCGCGUUGGGGGUCAUGGCCUCGGGAUCGAGUUUGGGAGGCGUGAUCUUCCCAAUUAUGGUUACGCAUUUGAUUCCCGAGGUUGAUUUCCCUUGGGCUAUGAGGAUUUGUGCAUUUCUUAUUCUGUUUAUGUUGGGUAUUUCGAACUUGACGUUGAAAUCGAGGUUGCCGCAUCACAGAAAACCGGUUAAUCUCAUGGUUUUUGUGUAUCCGUUAAAGGACAUCAAGUUUGUGAUGACUGUUGCUGGGAGCUUUUGUUUCUUUUGGGGGAUGUUUUUGCCUUUCACAUUUGUUAUCACGCAGGCUGAACGGUACGGGAUGUCGUCUAACAUGUCGCAAUAUCUUAUUCCGAUUUUAAACGCGUUUAGUAUCUUCGGUCGUACCCUUCCGGGUUACUUGGCAGAUCGCCUGGGGCGGUUCAACAUCAUGAUCUUCUUCAGUUACCUCUCUGGUAUACUGGUCUUGGCCUUAUGGCUUCCGUCUAGGGGAAAUGCGCCUGCAAUUGUGUUCAGUGCCCUGUAUGGCUUUAGCUCCGGGGCAUUUGUGUCACUUGCCCCGGCACUCAUUGCCCAGAUCUCGGAUUUAAGAGAGGUCGGUGUGCGCAAUGGGACUUGCUUCUCGAUCAUUUCCUUCGCGGCUCUCACCGGCACACCUAUUGGCGGUGCAUUGGUUCCAGAUGUCCUAACGGGUUCAUACACCAAGCUACAAGUCUUCGCUGGUGUGGUCAUGAUAGCUGGCGCAACGUUGUUUGUGGCUGCCAGGAUCGUCGUUGGGGGAACCAAGCUGAACAAGGUGUGA